GCAGCCUGACAACAAGUACUGACAGUGCCAGAGAAAGAGCAGUGGAAGCACAGCAGCUCGACGUCAGCUGCACAGGAGACUUGCCAGAGAGUUUCAGGACCUCGGAUAGCGUCUUAAAUUCUAUUCCACUUGGGGGUGAAUCGAAAAUUUGACUGUGCUUUUUAACAUACAGGGAAAUCCGGAAAAAGACCUGCUGUAAUUCCUUGGCUGGAGUAAUGGAGCAUAGAAACACUUUUCACUUUCUGGUGUCUUUUACCCUGUUCAGCGUUAUAUGUUUUCGAACAAUGGCAUUACCACCAUUAGGAACAUAUUCUAACAACAGGCUUGGAAACCGAUUGUCGUAUGAGGGAGCAGGGGAACCUGAUCAGUCUCAGGGAUCAUUAAAACCAGACUCAGAUAUUUUGCAGAAUACACUUCCAGAGAACGACAAGUUCUUUUUGGAUAUGUCUAGAGCUGUUGGCAGAACAUCCAGGCAUGCUGAUGGACUUUUUACCAGUGGAUACAGCAAACUGUUGGGUCAGCUUUCUGCAAGAAAAUACUUAGAAUCUCUAAUUGGCAAAAGAGUAAGCAACAAUGUGGUGGAUGACCAGGCACCAGUAAAACGACACUCAGAUGCUGUUUUCACUGACAACUACAGCCGCUUUCGGAAGCAAAUGGCUGUAAAGAAAUACCUGAAUUCAGUUCUCACUGGAAAGAGAAGUCAGGAGGACAGUCCUUCAAGCCUUCGAGAAGAUACUGACCUCAAUCAAGCAACAUUUUCAGAAAACUAUGACGAUCCCACAAUUGAUGAGUUCCUCAACCAUCUCCCACUGAACCUUUGAAGAAGACCAUCAGGCUGUUUCAUCAAAAGAACAAGCUAUAUUUUUUAGUUUGACAUAGUCUUUCAAAAAACAACUUCAGUAUUCAAAACCAAAAGAAAUAUGUUGUGGGGUGAAAAUCGUGAAAAUAUGUUUCUUAUAUUAAAAAGUUGAUGUUUACACUGUAAAUAUUACUUUAGAGAUCUCUACCUAAAGCUGUACAUACUUAUUCAAGCCUUUUAUUCAUGGAAAUCAUGUGAUUUCAUAUCCUUCACAUCCUUUGUUUCAAUAAAAGCAUUUAAAAGAUCAACACUGAGAAGAGGGACGAGUUAACAUUUUUACAAAGAAAUAUAUACUGGAUAACCGUAGUGGCAAAAGUCACCCAUAUUGUUAUCUAGAAAAAUAUUUAGAUUAGGUUCCAAAUUCCACAUUAAAGACUAAAUUAAAAAAAAAAAACUAAAAUUAAUUUGUUGAUGACAUACUUUAAUGCACAUUUUCACAAAUUGUAUUUUAUCCUUUAUUUUUUGUAAGAUUUUGAUAAUUUCAAUCAAUUAAAAAAAAAGGCUGAAUGUAUCCAUAAUUUCUAAGUAUGAGUGACAAAGUGAAUCUCUUGAAAGGUUACAAUAUGCCUAAAGGGAGAUAACAGGCAGAGAUUUAUUUAAUGUAAAAUAAAAUUAUCUAGAGCAUAAACAUUCAAAAAUUAAAUUGUGUAUAUCUUUGCUGAUGUCAGCAUUACUUAUAUAUAAAAUGGAUACUGGGAAAUUAUAAUAUUUUUUCAAAAUGAAUGUAACUUAUGAAAUAUGCAGAUAAUAAAGAGAUUUUAUCAUCACUGCAA